AUGCUGCUGCUUUGGAAACUAUUGUGGUCCUUGCUCAUGCUGGCUCAAGCUGCUAUGGGUAACUGGUGGAACCUAGCAGUACCUCUGUCGGAUCAGAGCGGCAACACAUCUUUGGAAGCAGUUACAACGUUACGCAAGGAGAGCUGCCAUAGACUAGAGUUUCUCGUAGAGCGACAGAAAAAACUGUGUAUGCUUUCCGAUAAAAUGAUCCAGGUUCUGCAGACGGGCGCGAUGCAGGCCGUCGAAGAAUGCCAGCACCAGUUCCGAAACAGCAGAUGGAACUGUAGUAUCGUCGAGAACUCCACCGACAUCUUCGGGGGUGUCUUGAAAUACAAAUCACGCGAAUCGGCUUUCGUGCACGCGUUGUCCUCGGCCGCUUUGGCUCACGCUGUGGCCAGGGCCUGUAGUCGCGGCGAGCUGAACGAUUGCUCCUGUGAUUCUAAGGUUCGGAAGCGGACACCAAGACACUGGCAAUGGGGAGGGUGCUCUGAGGACAUUCGCUACGGAGAAAUUUACAGUAGAGACUUCCUCGAUUCUAGAGAAGACCGAACCACUGAUGAGGGUCUCGUCAAUCUUCACAACAACGACGCUGGAAGACGGGCUGUCCGAUCCCGCAUGCAGCGCGUGUGCAAGUGUCACGGAAUGUCGGGCUCCUGUUCAGUCAGGGUUUGCUGGCGUCGGCUGCCGCAGCUCCACGUGGUGGGGGACGCGCUCUCCACUCGAUACGAAGGCGCUUCCCACGUGAAGGUCAGCGUCGUCGAACGCAAAAAGGGCAAGAACUUACGAAAAAUACGACCGAUACACGCCGACAUGAAGAAACCAAACAAAACCGAUCUAGUUUACUUAGAAGAUUCACCAGACUACUGCGAACCGAAUGAAGAGCUCGGGAUCCUGGGGACUCGUGGUCGGACCUGCAAUCGAACCUCGGCAGGUAUCGACGGGUGUCGCCUCCUGUGCUGUGGGCGAGGGUACCAGACGAGGGUCCAGGACUACGAGGUGAAGUGUAAGUGCCGAUUCGUCUGGUGCUGCCGGGUGCAAUGCGAGAUAUGUAGAUUCAAACGCGACCACCAUGUCUGCAAUUGA